AAAGGUUAAGAAUGAUUAUAUUCCAAAACUAGUGUGUUAAUUAUGCAUAGAGUUAAAACUUUGGUUAAAAAUGUGGUGUCAUUUGCUAAAAGAAACUAUUAUUCAUAUGCAAAUGUAUACAAUAUUAUUGUUAAUAAUCUCUAGAUCCAACAAAAAGAAAAAUUCAAAAAGUGCAAAAAUUAGGUAAUAGCUUAAACUGCAACAUUCCACUUUGUCUUACAAAAAGACUUCCUUUGACACAAACUCAUCAUUUUAUAUAGCUAACUUCUUUCCCUCAAAUUUAAGCAUUAUUCAUGUAAUAAGCGAUACAUUGUUUCAAUUCUUUGGGUAGUAACACUUUACUGUUUUAUAGGUAUUAAAUAAAUGUACUUUCUUUCUUUACUAGUACUAAAACUCAACAUUUUGAGUCUUAAUUAGUAAAUAUUUCAGUGUACAAAAUGAUCAUCAACUAUUGUUUGCUAUGGCUGCUGGCUGCAAGCACCAUGAUUAAUCUGGCCGCUGCACGGAACAGCCUGAGCCCGGAAAUAAUGGCGGAGCAAAGGGCGGAUUUCGUCGAGAGGCUUCCAGGGCAGCCAAAGGUGAGUUUUAAGCAGUAUGCAGGGUAUGUGACAGUGAAUGCAAGUCAUGGGAAGGCACUCUUUUAUUGGUUUUUUGAAGCUGCUGAAAAGCCUCAAAAUAAGCCUUUGCUCCUUUGGCUUAAUGGAGGGCCAGGAUGCUCUUCAAUUGGGUAUGGAGAAGCAGAAGAGUUGGGCCCUUUCUCUCCUCAAAAGGGCAGCAAACCCAAACUAAAGCUCAAUAAGUACUCUUGGAAUAAAGCUGCCAAUCUUUUGUUUCUGGAAUCUCCUGUUGGUGUUGGAUUUUCUUACAGUAAUACUAGCAGUGACAUAAGUGAACUUGGCGACACCAUUGCAGCUAAAGAUGCAUACAACUUUCUAGUCAGUUGGUACAAAAGAUUUCCACAGUUUAAGUCCCAUGAUUUUUACCUUUCUGGGGAGAGUUAUGCAGGUCAUUAUGUUCCACAACUUGCUAAGCUCAUACUCGACAGCAAUAAGAUUGCUUCUAAGGAAGAUCAAAUCAAACUGAAAGGUUUCAUGAUUGGAAAUGCACUGUUAGACGACGAAACUGAUCAGAAAGGGAUGGUUGAGUACGCAUGGGAUCAUGCAGUGAUAUCGAACCGUGUUUACAAUGAUCUGAAGAAAAACUGUGACUUCAGUAAGAAAAAUUUGACUACAGAGUGCAACAAUGCUCUGACUCAAUACUUUGCUGAUUAUAGACUGAUAGAUAUAUACAACUUGUAUGCUCCAAUAUGUAUCGAAAACCAGACUAAAACUCACAGAAGAAAUACUCAGCCUCCUGUCAUUGAUGGUGUUUCUCCUCGACUGUUCUCCAGAUUUGAAGGUUGGCUCAAAAGACCGUCAGCAGGGUAUGAUCCAUGUGCAUCAGACUAUACAGAUGCUUAUAUGAAUAGACCGGAUGUCCAAGCUGCCUUACAUGCCAAUGUUACGAAACUUCCAUAUCCAUGGACUCACUGCAAUAACAAUAUCACUUCUUGGAGUGACUCUCCAUCCUCGAUACUUCCUACAAUAAAAGAGCUUAUAGCCAAGGGUCUUCGCAUUUGGAUAUUUAGUGGAGAUAAUGAUGGGAGAAUUCCGGUAACAUCAACUAGGUACACUCUUAGAAAACUCCGGUUAAAAACAGUUCAAGAAUGGACUGCAUGGUAUACCAGCUCACAGGUUGGAGGAUGGACAAUACAAUACGAAGGAUUGAUGUUUGUGACGGUAAGAGGUGCAGGGCAUCAAGUUCCGACGACUAAGCCAAGACAAGCUCUGCAGUUGAUCAAGCACUUCUUAGCUGGUAAAAAACUACCAGAUGCACCACCUUCAUGAUGAAUUGUUGAUGAUGAUAAACAACCAUUUUAUUUGCCAUAAAUUUUACAGAUUAUAGUCUCUUUUGUUUUGUAUUAAGCUUUUAAGAGUUAUGAUUAGCACCAAAUGUGAGAGUGAGAAUAUGUAUUACCAUUGUAUUGUAGAUUACAUUUGAUUUGUAGAGCAUUCUUUGAUAGAAAGUACUUCAGAUAAUUUGAUAACUUACAGGAAUUUAUAUCUUUUAAAUUUUA